AGCUGAGAAAGUUAUACACGGUGUUAUCAGUAAAAGGCAGACUCGGUCGGUAUCUGCCGCAUUGCUGUGCUGUGAUCGUGCCCCAAAAACCAGUGAACCAUGGAACCCAGCAGUAGCGAUUGCGAUGGAAACUAUUUGCAAAUGUGCCAACCGAUGCUGACGGUGCAGGCGCUGCUGGACUUUGGCAAGACGUCCCACCCGUGGAAGAAUCUGGUCGAGCCGAUGGCGCCCCGGUCACGGUCGCGCCACCUAGGCGAACGCUACCAGGUGCUGGAGUACGAGGAUGGGCCGGUCGAGUACGUGGACAACGAGUCGCGGCCGCAGGUGCUGCUGUGCCACGACUUCAAGGGGAACUAUCUGAACGACAAGUUCAUCAACGGCGUGCAGGGCAAGGAUCAGUGGGUGGACUACCGGUUCUACAACUGGGCGGCGAUCGACAUCUUCUGCUACUUCAGCCACAACUUCGUCACGAUCCCGACGCUGCAGUGGUUGAACUGUGCGCACAAGAACGGCGUCAAGGUGAUCGGCACGGUCAUCGUGGAGCAGGCGAACGUGCAGCUGCUGCGCGACAUCCUGCAGUCGGAGGAGUUCAUGGUGCGCGUGGUGGAGGCGCUGGUGCGCGUCGCCAAGCUGUGCAAGUUCGAAGGCUGGCUGCUGAACAUCGAGUGCGGGCUGGAGUCGGCCAAGCUCGGUCUGCUCGAGGAGUUUGUGCGCCUGCUGACCGAACGCUGCCACCAGGAGAUCCCGGGCAGUCUGGUCAUCUGGUACGACGCCAUCACCAAGCACGGCCGGCUGACGUGGCAGAACGAGCUGAACUCGGCGAACGACUCGUUCUUUCUGGCGUGCGAUGGCAUCUUCCUCAACUACGCCUGGACCCGGCAGCAUCUCGAGCGUACCGAGAGCUACAUCCGCACCCACUGCAGCGAGCGCCGGCUGAAUGUGUUCGUCGGGAUUGACGUGUUCGGGCGGAGCCAGAAGGCGCAGAUGAACACCGACAUUCCGCUCGAGCGGGUCGUCGAGUUUCAGUUCUCGGUGGCGCUGUUCGCGCCCGGCUGGACGUACGAGUCGCUCGAGUCGGCGCCCCAGCAGGAGCAGCUCCAGCCGGACGACCGGAACGUGCAGUUCCUGCAGACGAACGACCGCUUCUGGAACCUGCUGUGGCGCCAUCUGCACGUGCGCGGCCCCAACCAGCUCCCAUUCCACACCGCGUUCUGUCUCGGCUCGGGCAAGUUCAGCAACCGGCUCGGCCGGAUGCAGUCCGACCAGUGCUGGUUCAAUCUGGCGCUCCAGAACUUCCAGCCGACCAUUCCGUACGCACCGCCGCUCGAGUACGAGCGCCGCAACGAUCCGCUCUCGCACUGGACGCACCACUUCGACGACGCGCUCGACGGCGGCUCGUGUCUGAAGCUGCGCAACGCCGACCACGACAAGCGGCUGUUCGCGUGCGACUUCCCGUGCGCCGGCGAUCUGAUCGUGUGCUACGCCUUCCGGCGCAGCAACCCCACCGCCAGUGACUUCUCGCUCAUCCUCAAGGCGCACUGCCCGCGGCGCCAGGAGUGUCUGCGCGUGGUGUGCGCCGGCCCGGACUGUCACGUCGGCCAGCGGUGGAACGAGAUGCGUGCCGUACCCCUCAGCACCGAGCAGUCGCUCCAGCUGCUCAAACUCGGUGCCGACCCGGAGCUUCCAUUCGCUGACUCUGUCAAUGGAUGGAACAUCAGAUACUACUACCUCUCAGCCGAGCGCAUCCCGGCCGGCACGCGCAUCGUCGACAUCGGCAUCAAGCUGCACAAAGCACCGGAGGCCAGCGACGACGACUACGCGCUGCUCGGUGCCAUCCAGCUGCAGGUCGGCUUUCCGGCCCAUCGCCACCUGCUCGAGCAGCGCACCGUGCUCAGCCUAGAGCGCCCUCAGUAGGCACAGCAUCAUCCCCAACAGCUCGGUUCCGAGGUCAGCAACUCUGUUUCUCAUCCCCAUCUCCAUCGCAACAACGAAGGCAAUAAACAUACAAUCGAUCGUUCCCAACCAACCGACCCAA